UUAAGGAUUGAUGUUCCACUAAUAUAGCCAUUUUGAUCCUCUAAAUUAGACUACUCUAAUUCUAGUGCAUCAAUAUCAUGCAUCCAUGCAAAUCCUAUACCUCCCUAUAAAUUUUUUUUAUCUUCCAUGCACUAAUCCUAAUUCAAAACGAUACAUAAAUUCUUGUCAAUGGCGUCUUCUCUCCAAAAUCUUUCCCCUAUUAUUGUUCUAUCUCUCUGCUUCCUCCUCCCUUCAUGUCUCAGCAUCACCGCUCCCCCCGCCACCCCCGUCCUAACCCACCACGGCGGCCCUCUCCUGACCGGAAAUCUGAAUCUCGCAAUCAUAUGGUACGGUCAAUUUGGCCAUAAACACAAGAAAUUACUUAGAAGAUUUAUUAAAUCUUUGAAUUAUAAUGGGGCUGCCAACUUAGAGCCUCAAGUGUCUCAAUGGUGGAAUGUUGUUGAGGGGUUUCAAGAGGCUGCUGGUAAAGGUAAAGGCCCUAUUAAGGUCCGUGUGGCGAAGCAAGUAACUGAUACCAGUUACGCAAUGGGAAAUGUCAUUACUGCUGAAUAUGUUAAGAUUCUAAAACAGAAGGUGGCUGGUGCUGGUAUUCCUGUUAUUUUCACUGCCAAGGAUGUUUCAGUGCAAGGCUUGUGCAUGGGCAAAUGUGCAUCCCACGGAAUUAGUGAUGAUCAACCAUUUCUUAUAGUUGGCAACCCAGAAAUUGAAUGUCCAGGGGAAUGUGCAUGGCCAUUCCACAAGGCAGACACAGGUCCAGUAGGUGCUGUAUUGAAGCCGCCAAAUGGCCAUGUGGCCGGAGAUGCUAUGGUCAUUGCCUUUGCACAGGGACUAGUUGAUCUUGUUACCAACCCAUUUAAGACAGGAUUUUUCCACGAUAAUAUCAGGGACCCUGUUGAGGCUAGUGAAGCUUGCCGUGGCAUUUUUGGAAGUGGAGCACUGGUUGGGAACGCCGGAAAGAUAAGAAUCGACCCCGCAACUGGUGGCGCUUUUAAUGCACAUGGAUCAAAUGGGAACAAGUUCUUACUCCCUGCUAUAUGGAAUCCUAAAACAAAGUCAUGCUUUACCCUAAUGUAACUUCCUAAUGUAUGUAUCUUGUAUCAUACAUAGGCAGAGGAGAGAAGUAAAUUUCUUUUGGCUUGUCAUUUUUCCUUCUUUUUUUCCCAGGACGAGAGGAAAAAAAUAGAAAAUAUUCUGAGAAUCUGAAUUUGUAUAGGUCUCACUUAUUGACAAAAUUUUUACCAAGAUAAAAUAAUUCUUCUGUA